CAAAAUAUGGACAGACUUAAAAUGUGAAAAGGUUUGUUGAUAGACAAAACAUCGAAGUGAUCAGUUGGCAAGGAAGUAACUUAGAAUAAUUUCCCUGGGUAAAAGAGGCAAAUGGCUUGUUAGAGAAUAAUUUUAGAGAUGUAUAAUCGUUAUACUGUCGUUCUAUAAAAUGUAUAGGCAAAACGUUUAUUUCUAGCGAACAAGAAGAUGCAAUUUAAACCUGUACCAAAAGGGAAACAAGGGAAAACAUGUCAUUAAAACGUCAACAUGUGAAAGGGGUGUUCCUUACGGAGCAAACAAAAUUGCAUCUGCAAUUUGUGAUUAAGCUGUUGCUUAUACAGGCUUGGUGAAACGUACCCUAAGAAGAAAAAGAAUAUUAAUUGCCCUUUUUGGUGAUAACUAUCGAGAUGAUGAAUUUUACCGUCCACAAAGAAAAUAAGACAACGGCUCAUUCGACAAUUUUUUACGACCAGACAACUCGCGGAAUCAUUGCCAUUCUGAAUUGCCCGUUGUUGCUUGCAUCUAUCGUGGGGAAUGCUUUCGUCCUGGCUGCUAUGAAGAAGAUUUCUUCCAUUCAUCCAAACUCAUUGACCCUGCUCUGUAGUCUUGCUGUUUCAGAUCUAUUGGUUGGUUUCGUGGCUCAACCGAUUUUCAUAGCCGGUAUUCUAACGAGAGAUAAGUUCGUUCAAAACCUGUCGGCAGUGGCAAUGGGUUCGGCGUGCUCAGUGACGCUUUGGACGAUAACUGCGAUAAGUGUGGAUCGACUUAUGGCUCUUCGAUAUCACAUGAGAUAUGAUUCUUUGUUCACCGAAUCUCGGGUCAGAUAUGCUGCGCUAACCAUAUGGUUGGUCAACGUACUCCUUUCUGCCUCCUAUUUUUGGAUAGAACAAAUAUACAAAUUUACCAUGGGUAUUGUGACUGUAAUCUGCUUAAUAAUUUCAGCAUCUUGUUAUAUUUUGAUAUACCGUGUGGUUCGCCUGCAUCAAACCCAGAUUCUAGCUCAACAAAUAGCAAUUCACCCUCCUUUGGAAAGAAAUGGUACAGAUAUGAGACGUCUAAGUAGAAGCGCUAUUAAUACUUUUAUAUUUUUCAUGUUUUUGAUCAUUUGUUAUUCUCCAAUGUAUGUGAUACUGUUCCUUUAUGGAUUGUCCUUCAUAGAGUGGAAAAUAGAGUUCAACUUUUUCACUACUUUAAUGUUCACGAACUCGUCAAUUAACCCAUUCUUGUAUUGCUGGCGGGUCAGUGAGUUACGAGGGGAAGUCUUACACACUGUAAGAAGAUUGUUUUGUAAACAUACGGUGGAAAGCUAGAAUUUGAAGAUGGGGCUCAAUACAGCCAGCCUCUUGAUGCGACGAUGUGAACUUGUUCACACUCGGGUUAUAACUUAUGCAUCGUUGUCUUUCCUUGUGACUACGUUUCAAUCCCAGAGAAUAAAAACUAAAUAUGUAUACAACUUGACUUUAAUGGUGUUCACCCCGCGGCCAAUAAAUACGUCGUCGGAUGUUCGAAAAGCACCAUAUCUUCUGGGCGAAUU